AUGGGUCAAGGUCAGGAAGUGAAAACCCGAUCUGAUCCCGAAGUCGAAAUUCAGGAAAGAGGGGAGAUCUUCUUCUUCUAUAGGCCCAAGCUGAGUCCCCACGGCAACGAGGGCCUCCGUCCUGAAUCCGGCGAGAAGCAAGAUCCCCAGUCCGGCAAGGAAGGCUCUGACCCCGAUUCCAGUGACAAGGCCACUGUGGAAGGUGGCCAUGGAAGCCAGGAAGUGAACAUCGAGAAGCAGGCGCUGCUGAGGUUGAUAGUGAGGGGGAAGAAGGGUCUUCCGAACCCGAGAAAACGGAGCCGACCCCAGUGGGGAUUUGUGGAGAUGGUCACUACCAAGAUCGAUGAUAUCAAGUCGGCGUCGGCUCUCUCUCUCUCUCUCUCUCUCUGGUUCAAGUAUGACUUGUUGCGUCUUGCAGAAGAGUACGACACUUCCACGAGGGGACACCGCCACACGGCUUUGGCCAGAGCGUUGGGGGAGGGCGUGUACCGCAUACUCAGACACAAAUAUGGGGGGAAGAAAGCACACACGCAUCUCAUAUACAAGCUCGAAUUCCCUCCGAAAGAUGCGAAGCAAGAGCCCCAGGAGUCGCUCAACGUCAAAAGAGAAGGGUCCUUCCUUAUCCAGAUCAAGAACCCCGACCAGCACGGUGCCGGCCCUUCCCAGUUCAGGGGACUCCAGAGCAAGCGCACGGCGGUGUUCCCCGCCCGCCAGCAAGGGCAGUUCGGGCAGCUGAGGUACAGCCCGGCCGACCCCCCGGACUUCCUAAACUACGAAGGGUGUGAGUUGCUCCUGAUAUCGGCAUCGGAUGACAUAGAGGAGGAGCUGGGGCUAGAGCUCAAAGUGGAGGGAGAGGUCGAUCCCUCCUGCUCCGAUCUGCUCAAGACGUUCCGGGAAACUGCACCCGUGGAUGCUCUCCUCAGGGGCACCUGGGUCUGAAAUUCAAUCUUUUUGACACUUUUUGGUCUGUGUUUAACUAGGAGACCCGUUUUGUGUUUCAACUGCAGUUGGGCAUGUGUAAUA